AUGUCUCGGCCCCAGGUCUUCUUCGAGGUCACGGCUGACGGUAAACCCGUCGGCAAGAUCGUCUUCCAGCUCUACAGCGACAAAGUCCCCAAGACUGCUGAGAACUUCCGCGCUCUUGCUACUGGCGAGAAGGGCUAUGGCUACGCCGGUUCCAUCUUCCACCGUGUCAUUCCCAAGUUCAUGCUUCAGGGUGGUGACUUUACCAACCACAACGGCACCGGUGGCAAGUCCAUCUACGGCGAGAAGUUCCCCGACGAGAACUUUGAACUGAAGCACACCAAGCCUGGUCUGCUCUCCAUGGCCAACGCCGGCCCCAACACCAACGGAUCUCAGUUCUUCAUCACCACCGUUGUCACCUCGUGGCUCGAUGGCAAGCACGUUGUCUUCGGCGAGGUCACCGAAGGCAUGGAUGUUGUCCACGCAAUUGAAGCCAUGGGCAGCACCUCCGGCAAGACCAACAAGAAGAUUGUCAUUGAAAAGUGCGGUCAAUUGUAA